GAGACCAAUUUUGUUUUGAGAAGAAGUAAACGCUAGAAUAUGUUAGGGUUGUGUACAUUCCCAAAUAUUCAUUUUCUUGCACUUUCUGACUGAAUCUUCUUGCUGUCUUCUGAAAUCUUGAAGAUGAAGCUCAAACAAUUAGAAGGUCUUCUUGGCAGCCUUGAACAAUUCUCUCAUCCAAAGAUUGAGCUAGAACAAUACCCAACUGGACACCAUAUUGCUUCUAGGAUGCUCUUCAGUGCUGAGAAUUCAUUUGGGGAUAUCGGUGAUAAGGUAGUAGCUGAUUUUGGUUGUGGGUGUGGCACAUUAGGUCUUGCUGCUGCUCUUUUGGGUGCAGAACAUGUUAUCGGAGUAGAUAUCGAUGUCGAGUCACUUGCAGUGGCAUCUGCAAAUGCUGAAGAUCUUGAGGUCGAUAUGGAAUUUGUUCAAUGUGAUGUUAGGAAUUUUGGAUGGAGAGGUCAGAUUAUAGAUACUGUUGUAAUGAAUCCACCAUUUGGUACUCGAAGAAAAGGUGCUGACAUGGACUUCUUGUCUGUGGCUUUGAAGGUUGCUUCUCAAGCAGUUUAUUCAUUGCACAAGACCAGUACGAGAGAUUAUGUGAAGAGGACUGUGUUGCGGGAUUACAAUGCUAGUAGCGCGGAGGUUAUAUGCGAGGAUACUACUCAUUUACUAAAUUUUACAGCUCCGAUAUGACGUACCUAAACUAUACAAAUUUCACAAGAAAAAGGAAGUAGAUAUUGCUGUUGACCUAUGGCGCUUUGUCCCCAAGUAAAUCUGGUAGAACUUGUGUAGCAGUGAUUUAGAUGACUGGCUAGUCAAUUUACAGUUGCAUAUCCAAAAAAACGAAGAAUUAUACUCCAUGUACAACAUUUAAGAUGGUUGAUGUUUAAGGUAUACUUGGCAGAUUCAUCAUUA